AUGGAGAAACCAAAUGUUACAGUCACGGAUCAACCACCACCGUAUUCAGCGACCAUGCAACCUGGGCCCACACCGCAACCACCACCACAGACUACGGGCGUUCAGGGUGGAGCAUAUCCUCCUCCCCCACCAGGCUACACACCUUACCCUCCUAAUGCACCAUCCACAACACCUUACGCUCCUAAUGCGCCACCUACAACAGCUUAUGUUCCUAAUUAUGGUGCCACCAAUAUUAUUAUUCCACCACCCAUAAUAACUGUCGGGGCUUGUCCAGCAUGCCGCAUAGGAAUCCUCGAAGAUGACUUCACAUGUCUAGGUAUACUCUGUGCUAUACUUUUCUUCCCUAUUGGAAUUUUGUGCUGUCUGGCAAUGAAAAAUAGAAGAUGCUCAAAUUGUGGGGCAUUAUUUGGCUAA